AUGCUGGGCGCCGCCCCCUCGGUGAAGAUGGAGGCGCACGAGCUGAGCGAGUGGAGCUACUUUCCGGAGGCUUCAGAGGUCUACCCACCGGUGACACCAAUGAGCACAAUGACGCCGCUCAACUCCUACAUGACCCUGAGCCCCCUGAGCCCCCCAUACCCACCUCCUGGCCUGCCAGCCUCACCCCUUCCAGCUGGCCCCCUGGCCCCGACGGCGCCCCCAGCGCCUCUGGGACCUCCAUUCCCAGGUCUGGGACCCAGCGGGGGCAGCGGAGGGGGCCCCGGGUAUGCUGGCCCAGGACCUGUGCUGGGUCGUCCGAAGGAGGCCCCGAAGGGCAGCUACCGGCGUCCUCUGGCCCAUGCCAAACCCCCCUACUCCUACAUCUCCCUCAUCACCAUGGCCAUCCAGCAGGCCCCCGGCAAGAUGCUGACCCUCAAUGAGAUUUACCAGUGGAUCAUGGACCUGUUCCCUUACUACCGGGAGAACCAGCAGCGAUGGCAGAACUCCAUCCGCCAUUCUCUCUCCUUCAACGAUUGCUUCGUCAAGGUGGCCCGGUCCCCGGACAAGCCCGGCAAAGGCUCGUACUGGGCCCUCCACCCAGGUUCCGGCAACAUGUUCGAGAACGGCUGCUAUCUCCGGCGGCAGAAGCGCUUCAAGCUGGAGGAGAAGGUCAAGAAAGCUGACGGUGCAGGGGGAGGGACAGGGGCCCGGGGGGCGGCGGGGGCUGCCUCGGCCGGCUCGUCUUCCUCCCCACCCCCACCUCCUGGGCCCCCUCCUCAGGAGGCAGAGGCCCCGGGUGGAGGGGAGGGAACAUCAGGGACCCUGAACUGCAGCUCCCCCCCGCCUUCUGGGGGGCCCUAUUUCCCUGGCUUGGAGCUCCCUGGGGAGCUGAAGCUGGAUGUCCCCUAUAACUUCAACCACCCCUUCUCUAUCAGUAACCUGAUGUCUGAGCAGGCGGCACCAAGCACGCUGCCACAGGCAGUGUCCAAGCUGGACGUGGGCUUCCCUGGCUACGGGGCCGAGGGCGAGGCUGGUGUCUACUACCAGGGCCUGUAUACCCGCUCCCUGCUCAAUGCAUCCUAGCCAGAGGGGAGAAGAGAGUGGCGUGGAGAGGAGGGAAGAGGAUGGGCCUGGGCCACCAGGGUGGAGGCAGUUGUCAUCCACAGGGACCGACAUGCCCCCCGUGUCCGUUGGAAUGGACAGCUCUCUUGGUUAGCCGCUGGCUGCCAUUUCAAUGGAUCCCAUUGGUCGUCAUGAUGGCUUUCAUCCUAGUUUCCUUCUGGCCACCAUUUUGGUUGAUGUCUUGGAUCAUCCCAUUGGUUAUCCCAUUGGCUGCCAUUUUCCCCUCCACGGUGCCAUAUUCUAAGUGGGGAUUGGCUGAAGAAGAGUCAGUAAGGAUUGGGGAGGGAGGUGGGCUGUUGGAGCUGGUCCCUUCGAACCCUCCCUUAACUGGGAGGCAGAGGAAGGGAGGGGACUGUGGCCAGGAACAGGAGUCCCCUUUCCAGUGGCUUCUGAGCAUGGACAUUAAAGCUUUUCUCCCCCUCUCA